CAGAUCUGCCAGCUGGACUUUUUUAUUUCCAGCGUGUUUGUGUUUUGGGUCCUGCUACAGCAGCGGAGGGGCCGCAGUGUGAUGAAGAACCGGGGGCCCUGAGCCUGGAAGAAGAAGAAGAGGAAUCUGUCUGCAGCUUGCUCUGUCAUGGAUGCAGAGAGCGGGGAGCUGUUUCUCAGCGGUGACGGCGGCAUGGCGACAGACAGCUGGCAGCUCGACGCUCCUUUCUCCUGCUCAGACCUCGUCUUCGGCGGCUCCGAGAAACCCCUGCGGGAGUGGGCGGUAGACCCCGACUGUACGCUGAAUGACAGUGAAUCGGAGGACGUCCUUCACGGCGUCGACCCAAAUGAGGUGUUUCUCAGCGGGCCUCCUGCAGACCCCUCCUCUGAGAGCGACAGCGGCAUCUCUGAGGACCCUGUGGUGGAGAGUCCUGUCACCAUGGUAAUGGCAGAGACCACCCAGCCAGCGCCGGCGACAGUCUACCAGCUGGUUUAUGACAUCAGCAGCUUGGGCGGCGUGAAGACUGAACGUGGACAAGAGAACGUCAUCUCCAUAGAGCUCGACGAUUGGAGCUCGCAGGUGUUGUUUUCAGACUCGUGCAUCGUUAACGAGCUGCCCGUGCUCCCUGCGGCUCGCCUCGAUGGCAGUUUGACCGCCAUGGACCCUCCCAGUCCUGACGAUGAUCUGCUGAAUCCAAAUCUCCAGCUGACCGAGGAGGAACAGAAGCUGCUGAGCCAGGAAGGAGUUUCUCUGCCCAACAACCUUCCUCUCACCAAGGCUGAGGAAAGAAUCCUGAAGAGAGUUCGGAGAAAAAUCCGCAACAAGCAGUCGGCUCAGGACAGCCGGCGGAGGAGGAAGGAGUACAUCGACGGACUGGAGAGCAGGGCAGCAGCUUGUUCAGCGCAGAACAAGGAGCUGCAGAGGACAGUGGAGCAGCUGGAGAAACGCAACAUGUCUCUGCUGGCUCAGCUGCGACAGCUUCAGUCUCUGAUCAAACGGACGGUCAGUAAAGGGGCCCAGACCAGCACCUGCUUACUGAUCAUCCUGGUCUCUCUGGGUCUGAUCAUCAUGCCGAGCUUCAGCCCGUUCAACCGCAACUCGUCUGCAGAUGACGACUACAGACCCACAGGAGUAAUUUCCAGAAACAUCCUGACAGACCCCUCGUCCUCCCAGCCAACAGCAGAGGAUGCCGACAGUCCGGCUGUCCAGUCCGACUCACCAUCGCCGCCCUCUGAACUCGGCCAAUCAGGACCUCCAGAAGGCGCUGCUAUCCUCCAAGAGCCAAUAGAAAACUUUGAAAAUACAGGCUUUGAUGGGACGGCCCAAGAGGGGAGCCAGUCAGGGAACAGCUCAGGUCCUUUUGCCGGGCAGACUGAGGCACUGGCGUUGGGUCUGAAGUCGACGGCGGGGAAAGGAGGAAGCCAUGAUCCCGCCAAACCUGCACACGCUGACGAGAUGUAGGCAGACUGUUUCACGUUAGAGGUUGAGGAAGUCGACCCUGUGAUGAGCAGUAGAUGCUAUGAUCAACAAUGGACGCUAUUAAUAAUCGCUGCCGAACAGUAUCAGCCCAUUUUUGCAUGCAAAUGAUUAAUUGGUGGUGGUUUAAAAUUUUUUCUUAUGAGAAAAACGAUCAUAAAAGGUGACAGAGACGUGGCCGCCUGUCCUUUAAUGGACUUCAGAAACAUUAGUCCCAACAUUCUCUGUCAAACCUCAAAGCUGUGGUAGGCAACUCUGGAGAAACCAGCAAGAGACAGCUGGACUCCCUCACAACACAUGUCCACACCCAGUUUGAACCUCCAGGUCUGAGAAGUGAAGCCAGUGCUGAAGAGCCUUAAACCUGCAUUCUCUCUAACAGCCAGCAGGGGGCGACUCCACUGGCUGUAGAAAGAAGUGUGAUUGCAUAGAAGAAAAUGUUUCUACUUCUCAGCUGAUUUAUUCCCUCAGUAAAC